UGCAUCUCCAGAUGCUAAUGGUCGUCCUGCUAGCAGCUGCAACCGGCGCCGUCGACGUCAGCUGGUUGACCAAGGUUUCCAAAACCAUGAUUGACAAGUUGCAAAUCAAAAGACAGACGUGUGUAGCUGCCAACGUUCCAAAGCAGGAGAACCAGGCAAGACUUAACGAGCUCUUGAGCGACGACUUUGUAAAGGAGGCUUUAAAAUGGACCAAGAAAGAAACUAUCUACGGAGUAGAUGAUAUUGUUGUAGCUUUAGCACGUUCAGUUCAUGCAGAAGUUGCUGUUAUGACAGAAGUAAAAGAUGCUAUGAAAAAGGCGAAGACAGACGGAGACUUCCUGUUCAUCUACUCGUUCUUUUCCCCCUGCGAGAAAUGUACUACCAAGGGUGGACUAAAUAACAUUGUUGAUUCUCUAGAAAAACACGCUAAAGACUGGGGUGAGGCUGUCUUUGUGUUUAGCAACGUCUAUGAGAAGCCCAACAAAGGUGACCCGUUCUCCAGAGAAGUUUUGGUAAAGGCUCUUAAAUCUCUUGGAGACUCCAUGGGGGGUCUGAAGAACGUUUACCGCUGCUACCAGCAGCAGCAAACGUUCGGAUGCCACGUCUGCUCCUCAGGGAACGGACCUGCCGAGGUUUGUCUGGUCCAGAAAUACGUUCCUGCCCAGGGAGGAGCCGGCGUGGGCCGGAGCAAGAGCCUGGACCACGGAGAUGCUGGGAAAAAGAAGAGUGGCAGUGGGAGGAGCAAGAGCGCUGGGAGGGCCUAGAGCAGUGGGAGGAGCUAGAGCAGUGGGAGGAGCCAGAGCAGUGGGAGGAGCCAGAGCAGUGGGAGGAGCCAGAGCAGUGGGAGGAGCCAGUGCAGUGGGAGGAGCUAGAGCAGUGGGAGGAGCCAGAGCAGUGGGAGGAGCCAGUGCAGUGGGAGGAGCUAGAGCAGUGGGAGGAGCCAGAGCAGUGGGAGGAGCCAGAUCAGUGGGAGGAGCUAGAGCAGUGGGAGGAGCCAGAGCAGUGGGAGGAGCUAGAGCAGCCGAGGCAUCAGGGAUUAGCAGCAAUCAGUGCGUUUACAUGGGAAGUUUAAUUCCUCUUUAAUUCAGAAUUAAAAUUAAAUCCGAUUUAAAAUGAGUAAAAAUGACCAUGUAAACACCUAAUUCCGAAUUAAAAAUGGCCAUUCCAAAUUAGACUUAAUUCUGAAGUAAGUGGCUGGUUUAUUCCGAUUUUAAAUCCGAAUAGAAUAAUUCCAGAUCAUGUAAACACUCAUUCCUCUUCUUUCAAGAUGCAGCACGCAGUAAACCCUGGUCAAGAGCAGAGACCAUUUAUUCAAUAAAUAGAAAUAAUUAAAAGAACAGAUGGAAACAGGAAACAUCAAAAUGGUGAGCUUUUCAAUGUUGUAGCGG